UCCUGUACUGUUUGUUUAUAUGUCAAAAAUUCACAAAAUUCAAAGUUCAGCCCCUUUCAGUUGUCCCAAAAAGGGGUUUCACCUCUCCCCUUGGAAGCCAUGACGUCGCAAAAUGUCCAGGCCACGUUCGAUCGCCUUACGGAAUUACCAGGGGUGACUGGCGCCAUCCUGAUCGACGGCCAAGGGGUGACCGUGCGGACCAACAUCCCCACGAGCUCCGCCCAAUUGUACGCCAAUCGGAUGAGGCCGCUGGUGACGAUGGCCCGCUCCAUGGUGAGCGAUCUGGAGCCCGGCGACGAGCUGAGCUACGUGCGACUGCGCACCCGCCGCCAGGAGAUGAUGGUGGCUACCGAGAACGAGCACACCAUCAUCCUCCUUCAGGACAACAGGGCGCUGGACGAGUCGCGCAGGAACAGCGUGCGGAAUUCCAUGCGUUAAAGGAGUCGAGUGUCCUGCGUGCGGGCAGCAUAAUCCGAGUGGCACAAACAAGCUGCACCAGCGGGGUAGGUCCGUACGGGUGAAAAGUCCUUGCACGGACGAACUCACAAAUCCCAAGCACAGAACUGAAAUUGUGAGCCGAGCAUUGCUGCACUGGAAAGAGCACGCAAAAUAAAAUCUACAUCCAGGCGGGGCAAA